CCCGCCUGCGCGGGAGCGGGUGCGGGCAGACGCGCGCAGCCGAGCCCGGCCCCGCACUAUGCCGCCGCGGCCCCGCGGCUCCCGGCCAUGGCGAGGCUGCGCCGGCGCGUCCCAUGCACCCUGCUCCUCGGCCUGGCCGCCGUGCUGCUGAGGGCGCGGCCGGUGCCCGCGGCCGCCAGGGCCGAGCUCAGCCGCUCGGACCUCAGCCUCAUCCAGCAGCAGCAGCAGCGGCAGCGGGAGGCGGCGGCGGCGGCGGCGGCGGCGGCGGCCGAGGAGGAGGAGGAGGAGGAGCGGCCCGAGGUGCUGCCGGAGGUCCCGGGGACCUCCGCUACCGUCCCCGCGCCAGUGUCUGUAUUUAUGCUGAAGGUCCAGGUGAAUGACAUAAUCAGUCGUCAGUACCUGAGUCAAGCAGUUGUAGAAGUAUUUGUGAACUACACAAAGACAAAUUCUGCAGUAACUAAAAAUAAUGGCGCAGUGUUGAUAAGAGUACCCUAUAAAUUAGGACACAGUUUAACCAUUAUUGCGUAUAAGGAUGGCUACGUAAUGACACCCCUGCCUUGGAAGACCGGAAGAAUGCCAAUAUAUUCAUCAGUGACACUUUCACUGUUCCCACAAAGCCAAGCAAAUAUAUGGCUCUUUGAAGACACUGUUUUAAUUACUGGAAAAUUAGCUGAUGCCAAAUCUCAACCAAGUGUUCAGUUUUCAAAAGCCUUAAUUAAACUACCGGACAACCAUCACAUUAACAAUGUCACAGGCUACCUUACUGUUCUACAACAGUUUUUGAAAGUGGACAAUUUUCUCUAUACAACUGGAAUUACUCCCAAUAGAUCAGGUAUUGAAAGUGUUGAGUUGAGUCCUCUUGCUGCGAUAUGUGUCAAAAUAUAUUCUGGAGGAAAAGAAUUAAAAGUGGAUGGUUCCAUUCAAAUGUCUCUUCCCCUUCUCCAUACAAGUGAUGUAAAUGCAGGGGAUCACAUACCUGCCUGGACGUUUGAUAUGGACACAGGUGCUUGGGUAAACCAUGGCCUGGGGAUGGUGAAAGAAUAUAAUAAUCAUUUAAUUUGGACCUAUGAUGCUCCGUAUUUGGGCUACUGGAUAGCAGCUCCAGUUCCAGGAACUAGAGUUUUAGGUAAAAGCGGAGACCUAAAGGAUAUUACUGCCUACCACACAGUGUUCCUUACAGCCAUAUUAGGAGGAACAAUAGUUAUUGUCAUCGGAUUUUUUGCCAUCCUUCUUUGUUAUUGCAGGGAUAAAUGUGGUACUCCACAGAAAAGAGAAAGAAAUAUCACAAAACUCGAGGUCCUCAAGAGAGAUCAGACCACGUCAACCACACAUAUAAAUCACAUCAGUUCAGUUAAAGUUGCAUUAAAAACAGAGGACAAAUCACAGUUAUUCAAUGCCAAAAACUCAUAUAGCCCUCAAAAAAAGGAAACAUCAAAGACAGAAGCUGAAGAAAGAGUGUCCGUGGUGAAAACUCGGGACAGUUUUAAAAUCUAUAAUGAAGAUGUUCCAUUUCUGUCAGUCAGUCAGAGCAAUUACUCAAGAAACCCAGCACAAUCUCUGGAACCCAGUUUAGGGUCUAAACAGCCUAAACAUAUCAAUAGCAAUCUAUCUUCAUCUUUAAGUGAUACUCAAGAGGAAAAGCGGUAUCUCACAGGUAAUGAGGAGGUGUACGGGCGUUCCCACAUUCCUGAGCAGCUCAUGCAUCUCUAUAGCCAGCCCAUUGCCAUCCUUCAAACAUCUGACCUUUUCUCUACCCCAGAGCACUUACACACUGCUAAGUCAGCUACUUUGCCAAGGAAGGGACAGUUAGUCUAUGGCCAAUUGGUGGAACCAGUAAAUAGAGAGAACUUUACCCAGACAUUGCCCAAAAUGCCAAUGCAUCCUCAGCCCCCAGAUGCCAGGGAAGAGAACAACCCACUUGAAGGUCAGCAGAGCUUGCCAUCCCAAACUUCAGAUUGGAGCCGAUAUUCGAACAGCUUACUAGAAUCUGUCUCUGUUCCAGGAACACUAAACGAAGCUGUCGUAAUGACCCCCUUUUCGUCAGAACUUCAAGGAAUUUCAGAGCAGACCCUCCUGGAACUGUCCAAAGGAAAACCCUCCCCACAUCCCCGAGCCUGGUUUGUCUCUCUCGACGGGAAGCCAGUCGCCCAAGUGAGGCAUUCCUUCAUAGACCUGAAAAGGGGCAAGAGAACCCAGAGUAACGACACGAGUCUGGACUCUGGGGUGGACAUGAAUGAACAUCACUCGAGUAGAAAACUCGAGAGAGAGAAGACUUUCAUCAAAAGCAUGCACCAGCCGAAGAUCCUUUACUUAGAAGAUUUGGAUCUGAGUAGUAGUGAGAGUGGAACCACCAUCUGCUCCCCUGAGGAUCCAGCCUUAAGGCACAUCCUUGAUGGAGGGAGUGCAGCAAUCCUAGAGCACCCUGGAGAAGAGUCCCCAGGAAGGAAGAGCAAUGUUGAAGAUUUUGAAGCCAAUAUAUCCCCCACAAAAAAACGGGGUAGACCACCCCUGGCCAAAAGAGAUAGCAAGACUAACAUCUGGAAGAAGCGGGAAGAACGCCCGCUGAUUCCCCUAAAUUGACACCAAUUGCAGCCGUGUCUCUGCUGUGUCUCUGCUGUGUCGUGCUGUUGAAUCUUGCUUCUUGUAAAUUGCGGUAUGAACAGAAGUUGAGACUGAGCAAUCUCAUGGUCCCCCGACAUGUUUCAAGCAGAGUAAAUAGUAGCAUGGUAGUUGGGCAAUGAGAGAAAGACACAAAGGAAUAUUUUUUCUUUUCUGGCCUGUGGAAGUAUCCAAGAAAACAAAUACAGAGGAACUCUUAGGAUAAUGUUCUCUGAAAAACUUGCUCAGCCAGCCAGUUUUGCCCGCAGUCUCUUUUUAACUGUGAAAAGGUGUAUUCCUAAAGUUGCUUCCCAAAAAAUGUUGCCUCUGCUUUAAUGACUACCCCCGCCAAGUGUUUAGAAAUGCCACUGUAUUUUAAGGUAUAUUCCAAUGAAAUAUUACUGUUCUCCUUUGCCUAUGCUUGAGCUUGUUAGAUGUUCUGGAGUGAUACCAUUCUAGAGUUUAAAGGCUGAGUGUUUUUCUUUCUUUCUUUCUUUUUUUUUUUUAGAUAAUACACUGCUUUUUUUUUUCUUUUUGACAGUACACAGAAUAUAUACUUUGUAUCAUCCCAAGAGUAUAUCCCACAGUCUUAUAAGAAGCACAGGAAGCUGUUUCUUUGCUAGAGAAGGAAGCCCCAGAUUUUUGGUUGUUUUUUGAAUAUAACUUUAUGGAAUGAACUCAUAAUUUCUUAUUAAAAAUCUGAGAAAUAAAUAUUCUGAUAGUGAAGUUAAUUUUCAGUUUUCUUCUUCCCACUCUCAAAAACGCUUUUAAGAAUAAUUUACCAGUAUGAAAUAAAAUGAAACAGUCUAAAAUAAGUUGAAAUACAUUUUACUAUGUUUAUAGCUAUUUAAUGGCUAUUUGAUAUUAAAAACAUCAGUGAAUUGAAACAUACAAUAUGAACACAUGUUAAAAGUAUGGAGAUAAGGGAAACAUUUCUGUCUUUUUCUUAAAUGUUAAUGAACAGAGAAAUGUCAUUUUCUUGAAAUUUUAUAACUUCAGAGUAUUAGGCAUAUAUAUAGAUGUUCUAGUUGAUAUUCUUAAAGUAGAUUUGAGGAAUACGGUUCAAUUUCAUAGAAAAAUAUUUCUUUUUUUAAAAUCACAUAGAGCUUUUCAACUUUUUUCUCUUCGUUUCGUAAAUACUGGAUUCACAGUUUGUCAUCAUCGUAUUCAGUUAUGAACACUUUUAAUUAUUCCCCUGAUUUUAAUUACGCCCCUUAGCUCUGAAUUUUUAUUUGUAGCCUGAAAAUAAAAGCAUUUUUGUUAAUUAAAAUCAAUUCACUUUUUAAAAUUUACGAGAAGACAGUUGUUUGAAACAGCCUUUUCCUUAGGGAAAAAUGAAAUUAAUUAUUUCUUAUUCUCAUUUAUUCAACAAGGAGAUCCAAGCAACAUAAACAAGCUGAAGGAAACAAAGUCAGUCACUUUUGAUCAAAUUUUACAUGGAUUUACACCCCCAUUCCAUCCCUGCUCCAAGACAGACUUCUAAUUUUUUUUUUUUUGUAAUCAUUUCCGGACCAUCUAACCUAUCAGAUAGUAUCCCUGUCUUCUGCAUUAACCCAAAGAACUUAAAGACCUAGGCAAAGUUUGUUACUUUUCACCCAAUCCAUAUAAUAUGUAAAUGUUUAGGGUAAUGCCUAGGUUUACUUUUGGGGAGGGGUGGGUGGGGAGUGAUAAGGCACCAAAUUAGAGGUUUAUUGGUAAUUACAAAAUGAUGCAUUAAAAUUACAUAAAUGAAAGUGACAAGGGAAAGGUUAAGGAUUAGUGCUCUGCUGAAGUGCCUUUGAUAUAGACUUGCUUUAUUAGAAGGAUAUGGUAACAUCUUUUUUAAAUGUGCGUUUUCUUUGUCAAACAGAUGUGCAGUUUUUAUUGAAUAGAGACUCAAUGUUUCAUGUUGGAACAAUGCAUUUUGCAUGCAAGUGACAUUUAUCUUUUAAGUAUCCAUUUUAUAUUGGUAAGCUAUUAGAAUGAAGUUAGAAGCUAUAGUAAAAUGUUGCACUUCAAUAAUUUGUGUUUGUUUUUCCCACCAUUAAAAAUGUUGCAUCUCCUAGCUUGGUCAUGAAAUACACAUAUAGUAGAAGUUAUAUUAUUCCCACAUUCCACUUACUCAUUCUCAUGUAAACAAAAUGAGAAGUUGUAUCCCCAAGGGCUUUUCUAGAAAUGGGUAUGGUUUUUAGUUUGUUUUUUGUUGUUGUUGUUUCAGCAUAAAACCUUAUUUUUUUAUAUACUGCACAUUCUGUAUCCAAUUGGGAAGUAUAGGCUAUUUAUCUUUUUUAAUGAUCAAAAAUGUGUAACUUCUUAUUUGUGAGUAGUUCAGAGAACUGUUAAAAAACUGAAGCCAUCUACUUUUUCUUAACCCAAAUGAUAAUAAACCUACAAUAGUCACAACUUUCUUAAAUUUUUAAAUUGAAAGCCAACAGUUUUUCUGCAAAUGUAAACCUAGAAAAUUUUGGUCACAUAUUGCUAACAUUUGUUGAUCCUUUGUAUGUACUUUGGAUAUAUCUUGAGAGUAAAAUUAUCCCUCAAUUAACUGAUGGAUUAAUUUACUAAAGCACAGCUAUAUGUAUUUUUGAAUACAUAUUAUGAUCUUCAGACUUUAUAAAAUUCAUUUUUAUUACAUAUAUGCCAUUGUAUAGGGAUUAUGCCCUUUUGUAGUACAGAGUAUAUGCGAAGGUCACAAAUGUUGAGAAAUAAAAGCACUUUGCUUUGGCAAUCAUUUUUCAAAUCACUUUUGGUGUGCUUGCCUCCUCUGCUUUCAAUGCUUAUUACAGCGUUUUAGGGAUCUGCAGGUCAAAUAAUGCCCCUCAAAAUUUAUUAAAAAGGUGAAGCUCACAAUUACAUAUUCACUCAUAUUUCUCUAUAGACUAGAAUUGUAAUGAUUGUGACUUAAUUUCCAUCUCUGAUCUAGAGAUCACAUUUUGCCCUACUGUUUCUAAGUGUUUCUAUCUUUUGUAUUCUUUCAUCAGAGGAAUCUCAAAUUUCAGUGUAUUUAUUGCCAUCAUUCCUAUAUUUACUGCUGAAAACUGUAACAAUAUGAAGAUUUGUAAAAUGUUAAAAUAGUUCAUUAAAGAUAAUAAAAUCUAAAAAGA